UCAACGGCUACAUUUGCCAACGGUCGACUCCUCCCUUCAUUAAAUCUUAAUCUCUGCUUCGUCUCCUUCCUCACGACGACUCCACUUCUCCUCCUUCUUCGUUGUUCUUCUUCUUCGUUGAUACUUUCCUGCCCUAAUUCAAGCAAGCAAUCUCUGAAGGAGGAGAGGAAGAGGAAGAGGAGGAGGAGGAGGUAGAUGAUGAUGCACGAGUCCUGGAGUUCCACCGCAGCCCCCACCUGCAUCCGGCCGCUGUCCAAGUCCGCCCCAUGCUCCCCCAUCAAGCCUGUUCCGGCGGCUCGAACGGAUGCUUUCCAUGUCGCCCACAAGGUCCCCGUCGGCGACACCCCCUACGUCCGCGCGAAACAGGUCCAGGUGAGCCAUUGCUCCUCCUCCCACCUUGAUCGAUCGAAGAGCUUUGCAAAGAUCCCUCUUUUUUUUAGUGUUCUCUCUGUGUUGAUUCAGCUGGUGGAUAAGGAUCCUGAGAAGGCGAUCGCGCUUUUCUGGGCCGCCAUCAACGCCGGCGACCGCGUCGACAGCGCCCUCAAGGACAUGGCCAUCGUGAUGAAGCAGCAGAACCGCGCGGAGGAGGCGAUCGAAGCGAUCAAGUCGCUGCGCGGCCGGUGCUCUGAUCAGGCUCAGGAGUCGCUCGACAACAUCCUCUUGGAUCUGUACAAGAGGUGCGGGAGAUUGGACGAUCAAAUCGCGCUCCUGAAGCACAAGCUGCAAUUGAUCCAAAAGGGUCUCGCCUUCAACGGGAAGCGCACGAAGACGGCGCGAUCGCAGGGGAGGAAGUUCCAAGUGACGCUGGAGCAGGAAGCCACUAGACUUCUGGGGAACUUGGGUUGGGCACUGAUGCAGAAGGAGAACUACGCCGAGGCAGAGGCGGCCUACCGCCGCGCGCUGCAGAUCGGCACCGACAGCAACAAGGUGUGCAACCUCGGCAUCUGCCUGAUGAAGCAGGGGCGGAUCGCGGAGGCGAAGGAGACGCUGAAGCAGGUGCGACCAGCAGCGGCGGACAGCCUUCGUGGGGCCGACUCGCACCUCAAAGCCUUCGAGAGAGCGCAGGAGAUGCUGCGGGACCUCGAAGCGAAGCUUUCCUGCCGCGCCAGUGGCGGCCAAAGCUGGCUCUUCCUCGGCUCCUCAAUAUGGCAACCCCAGCCCUGCGUCGACUACCUCAUAAUGCCGCCACCGCCGCAAUCUGCCAAAAGUCUCUUCGCCGACGAGAACACCAACAACCUAAACAGAGCAGCAGCGCUCAACAUCGAUGCACCGCCCUUCUUCUCCUCGAAGCUAGUCAAGCCACUGAACCAUGAUGCUCUGGCGAACUUGAAGAGGACAAGAUCAUGCAACACAGUGGACAUGGCAGCGGCAGCAGCCGCAGUGCAAGAGGAAGCGGCAGCGGCGACCAGAUGGCCGGAAUUACCUGACAGCAAGGAGUUCGACGAGGCAAUCGUGGCGGCUCUUCUGGGCCCUGUUCUGGAAGAGGAACGCAACAGAGGAGGAAGCACGCUGGGUUCCAACAACAUCAACAAAAGUCCAGGAUUGUGCGAGCAGAAGAUGGGGAAGAGAUUGAGGAUCUUUCAGGACAUAACCCAGGAUAUGAACUCCCCCAAGUAAUUCAUAUAACAGCUGAUUGCUAGAUUACUGUUUUAGGAUUGAGGAAGGAGACGAGCUUGUUCUCCUCCUCCGGCGCAAUCCUUCCAAAUCCGCGCUUCAGGUAAACAGGGCAUAAGGCUAGGCCAUGGAAGUAGCAUUGUCAGUAGUUUUGGUUGCUGAUUUGUAAGGGCGAUAACGAUUCUUUAUUUUAUAUAUAACAUGAUUCUGAUUUCUAUUUAA